AUGGAUUUACAUUAUAAAGAUACAACAGACACUAUAGACAAUGAUAUAGAUAAUAUAACGUCACAGGAGAAAACGUCGAGUUAUUUGGACAAUGGUGAAAGUUUAGUGAAACAGGAGGAAAAUAAGAAUACUGACAGAGACAACGAAUAUAUCCGAAUCGAGGAGAGUGUUGUUAGAAGACGUAAAACUGAUCGUAAGCGAGCGAGUGUUAGAACUAAACUAUGGAGAAAAUCAAUGAUGGAGCGCAGUGUGUUACCCCCACCCCCACUUCCGCCUGACCCCUCACAACCUGCCCCUAGUGACAACAAUACUACAUUGUCUGACAACAAUGGUGCAUGCCCCCAAAAGAUACCUGGAGUUAACGAAGUGACUGAUGAUUCUGUGUUAUCAUUAAGUUCUCAGAAAUCACCACGAGACGAUACACGCGUAUCUCCUUCAAAUCAUCAAGAUUUUAAAAUAACCUUAAGUGACACAUUAACGUCGCCAAAAGACACUGAUAUGGCAAAAUUGGCAGAAAAACUGACAAAAUCGCGAACAGAUCAGGAAAUAUCACCCCCACCUGUAUCUCCCUUGGAUAAUAAACAACCACCUUCGAUAUCCAGUGAGAAUAAAUGGAUGAGAAGAAAACAACUUUCUGUUAUUAAACGUCAAAGUUUGCCUCCUCCGCCAGUGCCACCGAAUUCAACUUGCUGA